GCUUGCGCCGUCUGCUUUGGCCUGGCGGGGCAGUCCUUCAAAUGGAUACAUCAGGUGAUCGGUCGUCUCGGCCAGCUACAAGCCGCCAUCUCUGCCGGCCUCUGUCUAGCCGCCAUGGUGUCGAGCAUGGCAGUGUCUAUCGGAGGCGGAGGCCAAGAGGUGGCCGGUCAUUCUGGCGCCCCAGUGGCCCUGUCCGCCUCUUCUCUCCUUUUAACGCGAUCCGGCACUCCAAUCACCGACACGUCGUAUGGCGCCUCUUCAGCGUCAACUUUGUCACUAGACUCAACCGCCUCCAUCACCUCUCACUCUACACUCCUCGCAUCUGGGCCGAGUCAACCGUUCGCCGAGCCACUCGUCGCUGUGACAACACCUUCAACAUCUCGUCGUCUCUUUGCAUUCUUUCGUUCUGGCUCAUCAACUGUCACCACUUCUUCCAUACCUUCCACAGCCUCUAGUCCGCCAGAUUCCGGCUUCCAGCUUGAGUCGUUGACUCCUUCUCUUCCGAUGACUGCCCUGCCGCUCGGCGACGGUACCAACGACCAGAUAAGGGCCAGUCUAUUACUAUCCUAUGGUUGCACUGCAUUGAUGGCAGCGGUCACUAUAGUUACAACCACUGCUGGCCUCUCUGGGCUUGGUCUGUCGUUGGGACAAGCGAGAGAACCAGCCACUGGCGAGCCGUUCACUGGGAGGGGCAAAGACGGUAGGGUGAUACAGCAGUUGGCCGCCAUCAUUAGUCAUCUUCUAAGACAAAGCUUACAGAAUCCCUCGAAGGACCCAGCUUUUCGACUGGCUUUUAUCGCUUGCAUCGACCUACUAAAUCGGUCUGCUCUCGAUAUAGCCCUCUUCGAGGCAUUUCACGAACCCCUUCCUGAAGCCAGUCGGCGCCCUCCGAGUGAGGCAACUGGGACAGGUCGUCCAUUCAGUGGGUCUGAAGAGUCGAGAAUACUUCCUUCUGGUUCAGUGUCCACCGCUGCCUGCGUACCCUCCGUCCCUCCGGAAGACUCCAUCUCUACGGGCCUGCCCUGCUGGUCAAACUCUCCUCAACACAUCCAGGAACAGUUGUUACAGCUUCUGAUCCAGAUCAUCCAAUUGGAAUGCAGCAGCAAAGACGCCAUGGCAGCGCCUACAACUGACGGUCGUCUUAGUCUUCCGGAGAAGCUGAAAAGUGUCUCAGAGUCUAGCCUAUCAAUUCGGUUAUCAGCCAUUAUGACCGCUAUUGAACUAGUGUAA